AUGGACAAGUUUCAAGGAGACAUCACUCCUUCGUCGGACAGACGUGACAUCGCGGAAGACGAUGUGCUUGCGGAGCUGGGCUAUACUCCGCAGUUCAAACGCAACUUCUCUCUCGCAGGCAUUGUCGCAUUUUCCUUUGCCGUGGUCACAUCAUGGACAGCUCUUGCUGGAGUUCUUACCGUCGGUGUACAGUCCGGAGGAGCUCCAGUGAUGAUCUGGUCCUGGAUAGGCAUUUGUAUCGCGACUCUUUUCGUUGCCUACAGCCUUGCAGAGAUGUGUAGCGCUUAUCCCGUAGUUGGAGGACAGUAUAGCUAUGUCGCAGUAUUUGCUCCGAGAAAAUGGAGGCGAGGAAUGAGUUAUCUCUGUGGAUGGUUUCUUCAAAUUGGUGUUUUGGCAAUGGGUGCUACGAGCCACACCGUCACAGGCAACUUCUUGCUCGGAUUGGGCAACCUGAGCAAUCCGAACUUUAUGAUCAAGGACUGGCAUCAUGUUUUGGUCGGAUGGGCAAUAGCACUUGCUGCAUUGGUCGUGAACAUGUUUGCCUCAAAGGUGUUCGACAAAGGAUCCCAAUUCUUCCUGGUGCUGAACAUGUCAUUUUUCGUGGUCGUGGUCGUUGCGAUGACGGCCAUGAAUGACGAUCGGCGGUCGGCCAGUUUCGUCUUCACAGACUUUGUGAAUAUUACAGGAUGGCCGUCUGCGUAUAGUGCACUGCUCGGUGUUCUCCAGGCUGCGUACGGUAUGUGUUGCUACGACAGCGCAACCCGGAUGACCGAGGAGAUCAAAGACGCAAGGAGGCAAGCACCACGAGCGAUCGUCAUGCCGGUGUACAUUGGCUUCGUCACGGGCUUCAUCUUCCUGAUCGCCGCGGCUUUCGCGAUGAGCGAGGACAUUGCUGCAAUCGCCAGCACUCCUACAGGUGUUCCCAUGAUUGAGAUCUGGCGGCAUGCCACUAACCGCGCUGGAGCAAUUGGAAUGUCGGCAGUCAUUGUUGUCAUCGGUCUCGCUCCUUCAAUCGGGCUGACAGCACAAGGAGGAAGAUCAAUCUACGCGUUUGCUCGCGAUUCCGGACUGCCAUUCUCCAAGUUCUUGAGCAGAAUCGAGCCAAGGACGCGAAUGCCGGUCAAUGCGCUUUGCUGUGCGGCGCUGUUCCAGAUGGUCUUAAUCGCUAUUCAGUUUGGAGGACCUACUGGCUUUUCAACAGUCAUUCAGAUCUCCACGGAAGGCUUUUAUGUCUCAUACGCUCUCCCGUUGAUUGCUCGCCUGCUCUCACUGUUCACCUCUGAACCAGUGUGGGAGAUUGGCGGUCUCUACAGCCUGGGACGUUGGAGCAUUCCGUUCAAUGUCCUGGGUGUGUUGUUCUUGAUGUUCGCGACAAUUACAUUCAACUUGCCCACGGUGAAGCCCGUGACCAGUCAGAACAUGAACUAUACCUCGGCGGCGGUGGGAGCAGUUAUGUUGAUCGCCCUCGUAACGUGGCUCACCACUGGGAGGAAGCACUUUCACGGGCCUGCAAGCGGUGGCGUCCGUCUGGACCGCGUGACAGAGGGAGUCGUCGUACAGGAAAUGGAGGAAAGGAUCAGUAGCAAAGACGUGGAGAUGGAGAAGUCGGUGUAG